CAAGCGUCUCACUGCUCUCAUUGUCCUCCAUGUAAGGCUGGUUAGAAGCACCAGUCCCUGGACUGCUCCUCUGCGCAGACAGGCUCUGGCCGAUGAUCUGGAGGGCAAACCUCUGCUGGAAGUGGAGGUCCUGGAAGAUGGGCAGCUGAAAAUUAGUUUGUUUGUGAAAUACAGUCCUCUUUGUGAAGAACCUAUUGAGAGCGUCCAAGGAGGACAGCUGCAUUGUGGAGCCAGAGCAAACCAGCCAAGUCCGUUUUAGAUCCGUCUUUGUUGCCUGAAGGAAGACCACUGAAAGAGCAGGAAAAACACUUCCCUUCGGAUUAUUUGACUCCAGCUGACUUUUCUUAAGAAUGGGUGCCACCUUCAAAAAGUUCUGCUGCUGCUGCUGUGUGGUCGAUGAAGAGGAUGAAGACGAAAAGCAGCCUCUAGUACCUCAGGAUCCGUUGGAGUACUUUAACCGUGAAGUCCAGAAGCGUCGAGACGAGGAGACCAACCUGUGGAGUGAGCCGGGGGACACCAGCCACACUGAGAGAGAUGAUGACCGGGCGCUUUAUGUCCUGCUGCAGGCCAGGAAUAAGACACGCAUGGGAUCCACGGGAUACCGUCGUCUGAGUGUCGACAUCGAGGCCAUGAGAGACACCCGGCGAGAAGUCAGAGAGAAAUGGAAGACGAUCUUGGAAAACCUUGGAUUCAUGGCUGAGGCCGACUCCCUGCUGACGGUGUCCGCCGGUGCCUCACAUGACCGCAUGCGUAAUGCCCCGGCAGCCCGUGACCUGCUUCAUACGCUCCACUCUGAGACGUCCGUCUUCAACAGCAGGGAGCCACCUCCAGAAAGAUAUCUGUUCAUCCUGGAUCGUCUCAUCUACUUAGACAUAGCUGAAGAUUUUUUGGCGAAGGCAAGGCGCUUCUACCCUCCGAGGGAUGAUUCUGACGAGGAGACGCCGGGCCUCGCCAUUAACCUGCCACUGCUGCUGGCCAGGGUAGAGGCCAUGAACGGAAGAGGCGACGGGGACGAGGAAGAGAGCGAAACGGAAGAUGGAAACUCGAGCGACAGAUCUUAAGACAUGCUGGCUGCAGUAACAGUAAACACAAGGCAGGGGGCAGUAGUCCUCAACCCUGGAGAUUCAGGUGAUAGAAUGUCAUAGCUCUACUCUUCAAGCAUUGUUGCCUCACACAGUGUUGCUGCUGCUUAUUGGAAGUUUUAGCCUCAACCAUUUCUCCUCGUUCUCCCUCAGCAGCACGUCUUUCCUGUUUUCCCUUGUCAAAAUCUGAAAGGGCUCGAUUGUUACGCAUGUGUUGACUGGAUGUGUGCUUUUCUGUCUAGUGAAGGGUUUUUUACAAAAUUUCCAGUUUGCUCAUUGUUCAUUUGUUGUGAACCUCCAGGGUGAGCAGAGCCUCUGUAUAUUUUGUCCUAUGAUCAUCAGCACUCGUUUCAUUCAGUCUUAUGAUCAGUAACAGCACUGAAUAAACAGCCAGUCUGGUGUCAGAUUUGAGCAGAAUGUAUGUGUGUGUGUGUGUGUGAUCAACACUUCUAUCUCCUUCAAUACUGCUUUUGGCUUCAAACUGUUUGGGGAGCAGCAAAAAAAAAAAAAAAAAAAAAAAGAAGGAAAUGCAACGUAGUCGGUACUGUCGGUACUUUUCAGUCGAUCAUGUGUGUGCGACUGAGAAGAAUAUCAGGUGAAGCAUGUGACGGUGUUUUAAUGUCUCCAGCAUUUUGUUGACAAUGUGAAAAGAUGCCAUGAAGUAAAGUUCCAGCCUUGA